CUCCUUGACGAAUGUAGUCAGAUGACAGAGCCGGCAUCACUGCUACCUAUUGCAAGAUUUGCAUGCCAAAAACUUCUACUUGUUGGUGAUCCGAAGCAACUGGAUCCAACAAUACAAGGUGCAGAUGCUGCCCACCAGAAUGGACUUGAACAAACCAUGUUUGACAGGCUUAUUAAGAUGGGAAGUGUUCCUACAUUGUUGAGAACUCAAUACCGCUGCCAUCCUUAUAUCAGUGCUGUAGCAAAUAACCUGUUCUAUGGAGGAAUGUUGGAAGAUGGUAUCUCACAAACUCAAAGGAAACCUUUACUUGAGAUACUGCCAACAAUAUGUUACUAUGACGUGGAGAGGGGUGUAGAAUGUUGUGAGGCUGCUGGCAGCUACUAUAAUGAGAGAGAGGCACAGUUUGUGGUAUUCUUGCUACAAGUACUGUUAUCAUCAGGGAUCGAACCUUCCGCUAUUGGUGUGAUCACAUUGUAUAAAUCGCAGAUGGCUAGGAUCUCUGACCUUCUCACAGGACAAGGUGACUGUACAGAUAUGAAGGGAGUGCAGGUAUCUACAGUGGAUGCAUUUCAGGGUGGGGAACGAGAUGUUAUUAUACUAUCAACUGUUAGAUCACAUGCUUGUGGAUUCAUUGAUAAUGACAAGAGGACCAAUGUUGCCCUGACCAGAGCCAGGCAUCAUCUUCUCAUAGUAGGCAACUUAAACAAUCUCUCCAAGAAUGUACUGUGGGGGAAAGUUAUAAACCAUUGUAAAGAGUAUGAAAAUGGUGUCCAGUCUGCAGAUGAAGCUAGGCACAGUCUGGAGAAGUACUUAGAAAAUUUGAAAAGUUGUGAGACCAGUCAAAACAGUGUGAGUAGUAAAUCAAACUCUCAGAGCAGCACAGCCAGAGAGACACUUACAAGAAAGAGAAAGCCUAGAAGAAAGAGAAAGAUUUCAGAGGACCAUGUUGACCAUAACUCCGCCUCCUCUCUGACUAAUGAACAGUUGCAAUGUAGUUCCAAUAAUUCUUCAAAAAGACGUAAGAAUGGAGCAAAACAAAAUACAAUAUCUGAUAUAGAUAGUGUGAUGGACAAUGUAGAUUUUGAUGAAGACUUUGUAGAAGAGGUGAACAUGAAGUCACUAGAUGCAGCUGAAUGUGAUAGCUCAACUAUUUCCACACAUGGUGAUGAGCGUCCUUUGACAGAGACUACAGGGAAUUGUCAGUCUAGUAAACAGCAAAGAGAACAUCGGAAACAUCAAGAUAAACUUAAAACAUUGACAUUUGAUUCUGAUCAGGAAAAUACAGAUGUUGAAGAUGUUGAUAAUGAUGAUGACUUGCCAACAUUCAGCUGUGAUUAAAGUACACAGGACUUGAUGAUUCAGAUCAACUGCGCACCUUAAGCUGCGACUUUUCUUUCACAUUUUAUUUCUUGUUUCAACCAUUGUAAAAUUUAAACGUCUUUCCUGACAUGCUGCUGUUAACUAAAAUAUUUUUUUACUUUAUUUUUUUUUAUACUUUGUUAGAAAUGACAAGAAAAAGUGGCUUGAUUGAUGCACUUUUGGAAAUCAUUUAUAUAAUUUGAAUUAUCAUUUAAAUAUAAUUGUAAUUUUAUUAUAAUAUCUUGUUACUGUUAACAUUGUUUUAUGUCAUGAUUUAGAAAUUCUACUAUUACACUAAUGGAAAUACGAAAUAUGCUUUGAAAGUUGUUUUUAUUGUUAAAAUAUCCUGUAUUAUAUCGGAACUUGUUUUACUGCUGGAAAAUAAUAUAUUAUAACUUGUGAUAUAAAUAGUAGAUAUAAAUAGUAUUUUGAUAGGUUUCUUGGUAAAAUAUCUGAUUAAAGAUAUCAUGAAAGUUUA